CCUCUGUGGAAAAAUAUACAUAUCGAAACCUCAUAUACGGACCUUGCAGGCUCGCGGCGAGUAACGUUACCUUUGACGCUUUCUACCGUGAGUCGGGACAAUCUUACAGCCGCCCAGAUGCAGUUUCGUCUGUUCUCAUUCGCGCUGAUCGUGUUGAACUGUGUGGACUACAGCCACUGUCAGACGCAGCAGUCUCACCGCUGGAGAAGAAACAAAAGAGCUAGUUAUGGAGCUUAUCCCACCUGUAAAGGCUGCUCGGUGUGUUCCAAGGACAACGGGUGUAUGAACUGCCAACCCAAGCUCUUCCUGUUCCUGAGGAGGGAGAGGAUGAGGCAGUAUGGCGAGUGUCUCCAUGCCUGUCCGUCAGGCUACUAUGGCAUGCGCGGGACAGAGAUCAACAUGUGCUCCAGGUGUAGGAUAGAUAACUGUGAGGCCUGCUUCAGCAAAGACUUCUGCACAAAGUGCAAGCCUGAUUUUUACUUGCACAAGGGCCAUUGCUUCGAAAAGUGUCCAGAGGGCUUUGCUCCUCUGGAGGACAGCAUGGAGUGUGGAGAGGGUUGUGAGGUGGGCCAGUGGAGUGAGUGGGGGACCUGCACCAGAAGAAACAAAACCUGUGGUUUUAAGUGGGGUCUGGAAACCCGAACACGGCAUAUUGUGAAGAAGCCACCAAAGGACACGAUACUAUGUCCAACCAUCGCCGAGUCCAGGAGAUGCAAAAUGGCUAUGCGACAUUGCAGGACAGGGGGUUCGGGGAAGGCCCACCGGACCAAAGACCAGAAGAAGAAGCCUAACAAGCAGAGGCUCCGCUUCCGGGCUCAGAACCAACACAGUGACCACCUCGCCUCUCUUCGAGCCAGCCAGUAAAAAAAAAAUAUGAAAAGUAAUAAACAAAGACUUUUCGAUGGAACAAAGACCACAAAGCUGCUAUCCCACGCUCCACACACACCUACCCUGAUGAAAACACACACGCGCAUCCAAACAGGAUUAUUCACACUCAUGUGGUCACACUGUGUCUCUGUGCCUCCUGCUGCUUCCCUCAACGGUGACACGUCCCCCUGACCCACAACCCUACUGUGAUAUCAUGGAACACUAUACCAGCUGUUCAUAUAGCUCAUAUCUCGUCCUAUCUGAGGAGGAAGAAGAGAGAGACUGAGCUGGAAGCACAGAAAGCUUGGGCCUGGAGACCUGGAGGAGUAGAACGAGCACAGGGUGGUGAAAGGAGCAGAAGGGAUUCGAAACGUGAUUGACUGAUAAUGAUGCCCUGAAAAACAAGAGAGAGACUCUUCCAUAUUUAUGUACAAUCCACAUCAUCCCCUUCCCUAAAAAAGUCAAGGCAGAGUGUGUCAUGUAUUGCAUUCCUUGUCCAAUAGGUACUUUGUUUUUCAUUGCAAUGUUGCAAACCAUGCACAGUUGCGAAAUUAUUAUUCUCAGCACAAGAUGUUUACGUCCAGACCGCUUUAUGCUUUGACUGUAUAUUGUGGGUAAGAAUCUUAGUUGUUUAACUAGCAUGGCCACAACUCAUGUGUACAUAGUUGGUGAGUUUAUCUAAUAACGGUAACAUUGAUGCUAAAUAUAUAGAAAAAAAUUUACUGUAUUUUCAGUAUUGACACCUUCAGCGUUUAAAUGUGUAAAGGGUUAUAAUACCAGCUACAGUUAGAUGUAUUUAAAAAGAACAAAAAGCUAAAUAAAAGCAUAGCCUCCACAUAGCUAUUACAUUUAUGAGGUAUAUAAUUGAUUUAUUUAUUGAUCUUUUUAUUAUUAUUAUUAUUAUUUUUGUUUGGUGAAAAUUAUGUCUCUGUACCUGAUACUCCUCAGUGCUGAAGUAUUCUUUCAACCACUUAUAACAAUACAACAUAUCUCCAACAGUGGAAACUGAUUGUGUCUGAUUUGCUGAUAAAUGUCCCACAGAAAUGCAUUGUGUAAACCUGGUUUAACAUGUUGUACUUUAUGUUGAUCACACAUCCUGCAGCAGCUGAAGUGUAUCGUCAACUGAUUGAUAAUGUGUAUAUCGUGUGCUAUUAAA